CGCGGCAGCUGUAAUUGUUUACAUUGCUGUUGACAGAAAGUUCAUUUACAUAUUUCAUUUGAGUUUUUAGAAUAAAAUGUAUUAAAAUGCGUUUGCGCGGUCGUAUUGCGUAUAAAUGUUUAACUCUUAUCGUAGUUGCAGUGAUUAUAUUGCUAGUUUGCAUAGAUUACUUUGCUCCUAAUGCGAAGAGAGACGAAUUCUUGACGCACCUGCCUCCAUUGGAAAAGGACGUGUCACAGGAGCAGGCAACACCACAAAACAUUGAAACUGAUUUAAAACUAAAUCGACUGGUGAAUUUAACUGACUUUAAGUACGAAAUACCAAAUAAUGUGUGUCGCAAGAAUGAUAAAGGGCUAUUGGCCAUCAUUAUUGUGACAUCUUAUGCUGGACAUGACGAGUUGCGCGCUGCACAUCGUUUAGCAGCACCACAAAGUAAACUUGCAGAAAUGGGAAUGCAACGCAUCUUCCUGCUAGCUGCACUGCCAACUAAGGAGAAAUAUAUAACACAAAAGCAAGUGCUAGAUGAGCAACAACGUUUUGGAGACAUAUUGCAAGGCAACUUUCAGGAAGCCUAUCGCAAUCUGAGCUAUAAACAUGUGAUGGGCUUGCGAUGGGCUGCCACCGACUGUCCCAAUGCCAAAUUUAUCAUAAAAAUAGAUGAUGAUAUUAUAUACGACGUAUUCCACUUUCGUCGCUACUUGGAGUCACUUGAAGUGCAACAGCCAACUUUAAUUGCCUCACAAGCAUAUUUGGCCGGUUAUGUGCUCAAUGCUAGACCACCUGUACGUAAUGUUGCCAACAAAUGGUUCGUUUCUGAACAUGAAUGGCCAAGAACAACUUAUCCCGCCUAUCUCUCAGGUUGGCUUUAUAUUACUAAUGCAGCAACAGCUUUGCGUUUGGUGGAGCAAGCACAGCAAACACCGUUCUUCUGGAUUGAUGACACUUGGGUUACGGGUAUUUUGCGUGAGAAGUUAAAUAUAUCAAUGCAACAUUUAAAUGCAUGGUACUCGGCUAAUGCGGAGUUUAUGGAUUGUUGCGUACGCGAUCUGAAAAGCCAAAGCAGCUACGAGUGCGAAUACUUUGUUGGACCCAAUGGUGGUGAUAAUAAAAUGCUGGUUGAAUUUUUACACAACGUUGAAAAGUGCUACUUUGAUGAAUGUAGCAAGAGACCACCAGAAAAGUCGUUGAAGAAGACUUGUGUUGGCAGUGCAAAACAUCUUUUACCCGAUCAUGGCAGCGGACAAGUGAAACAAGUGGCUUUGUGAUGAUGAAACGGGCUUACUGCUAAUGUGAUACGAAUCUCAAGAGUAACGUCCAUAUUUUAUAUAUACUCAAUAAGAUAGACUGUAAUGUUUUUAUUGCAAAUGUAUAUACAUAUAUAUUUAAAUAUAUGUAUAUAUAUUUAGUUAUAACUAUAUAAUAGUGUCCUCUUAAACAAGUUUAUAUUUUAUAUAACUGAUAUUUUUCUAUUUCCUAAAUAAACAAUAGUUACCUCAACUUAA